AUGAGUUUACUGUCAGAAGCAAAAAAGCUCAUGGAAAAACGUGAUGAGUUGGACAGUUUCAUAGAGGAGCAACAGGCCAUUUUAAAGACGAGCGGAGUUGAUAUGAACUCCCCUUUAGUAGAUAAAGAUGAUUACCCUUUGGCUGAUAUCGAUAUAUACGCAGUUCGCAAUGCUCGCAAUGCCCUAAUUUGUGCACAGAAUGAUCGCAGAAAUCUUACCGAGCAAAUUGAGUCUUUGAUACAUAGGAUUCACGAAGAAGCUCGGACAGACAAACAAGUAAAAUUGGAAGGAAGCGCAUCAAAGACUGAAGAGGUGCAUCGAACAAGUAAUCGUGCCUUUGCCAAAAUUGAUCGAGUUGCCCCUGACUCGCCAGCUCGUGCUUCAGGUUUGAUGGCUGGCGACCCGGUGCUGCAGUUUGCAUCCUUGCAUGCUGGAAAUUUUAAAGGAAUUGAACAGCUAAUACCCUUGGUUAAAAACUCUGAAGGAGUUCCUAUUAAAAUAACUGUUCUAAGAGAAGGUAAGGCGUUACGGUUGGAGUUGACGCCAAAAAAAUGGUCUGGGCCUGGCCUACUUGGUUGCUCGUUCCUUCCACUCACGUCCUCCAAGAUGAUUUGA